AUGCAUACGGGCACACGCAAACAGUUGAAGAAGCGGCCUUGGACGGAUGACGAGGAUGACGAUGCGGGUGGUCCAAAGGAUCCGAAGAAACCAACUUUCAUGGCGACGAAAGCCUCCGAGAAAGAUGUCAACGAAGCAUUUGGAAACGAUAUCGAGGGCAAUUUCGCCCCGUCCGACCAUAUUCCCAUAAUGAUGGCGAUAAAAACCCUCUCGAUUCGCGACGCGUGGAUCGUGGAUAGUGGAUGCGCUCAGCACGUCUGCAAUAGUGCCUCGAGGUUUGUCCAAAUGGCCAAGUACCAUGGUCCCUCACUAAGAGGCGUUGACACCUCAACGGCUCCCUCGGGAGUGGGAACAGUGAAUAUCCUGUGCAAUGUACGCGGCAGAAAGCAAUGGCUUGUGCUUGAUAACGUCCUCUAUGUUCCAUCUGCACACGCCAAUCUCAUAUCGGUGCUCCAGCUUCUCAAACGAGGAGCAAAGGUCGAAUUCUCAAGCCGGAGUGCGAUCAUUCACAACAAGUCAAACGGAAAGAAUCUAUAUACGGCCAGCGAAUAUCAUGGAGUCUACGCACUCGAUCUGUGGACAAGUCUGACUUUUCCCUCUUACCAUGUUAGCCCGCAAAUGUCUCUGUGGCACAAUCGACUUGCUCACAUGAGUGAUGCAAAUCUUCGGCGACUCAAAAAGCAGGCUCACGGUGUUCGGGACAUGGAGCCACGUCAUCCAUGCAAUUCGUGUCUGCAGGGGCGAAUGAUCGAAAACCCACACCGCAGAUCAGGAAAUAGCAGGAGAGGAGAACAUGGAAUGGAGCUCCUCCAUAUUGACGUUGCGGGGCCAUUUGACGAGGGCCUUGACGGCAGUCGUUACUGGCUGUGGGGUGAUUGGCUGUGCCAAUUAGGCUACUGA